AUGGAGACCAAGCACAAAGCUAAAGUGAAAAGGGCAUGUCAGAUAUGUCGAAGAAGGAAAAUAAGAUGUGAUGGAUAUUUACCAUGUUCUAGCUGUGUAUCUCUAAAGAAAGAAUGUAAUUACCAUGACUCUGCAGGAAUUAAGAAGCCACCUCUGAAUUCCAAGAAAAUCCAAAUGUAUCGGGAAUUGGAUAGUAUUUUGGAUGCAUUUUCUAAACUCAAAUCUUCACACCCAUUAAAUACGGAAAUUAUGUCGUCAGGUUUAUUACAAAUGGAGGGAAUACUGAAUGGCUACAGAAAGCAACUGGAUCUAUUGCCUGAUCUACAAACCUUAAGUUCCUACGGUGAAAAUGAAUCUUUUGAACGACAUCUAUUUGAUUCGGAAAAUUUGAAAUUAGGAAAAACCGACAAGCGUGAAGUCAGUCCGUAUUUCGGUUUAUACAACCCAGCAUGCUUAGAAUCAGUUGAUUGUUUUGCUUGGAUACUCAAGAAGCUCGAUUUGAAGAGGAACGAUUCAAAAUAUGUGAUAUUCUUCUUUCUAAAAUACUUAGAUCUCGCAGUCAAGUCUUAUGAAAAACUUCUGGUGUUGAGUUCAUCUCCCUCUGAAUGGCUUUCUUCUAGAUUGAAAAUCUCGGAAAAUCCACCUAAGCAAGUCUAUUUGGUCAUCGAGGGAUUACUCAAAGAAUUGCCUUUUGAAUUGGAUCUCUCCGCAAGACCUUUCGAACUAGUUUGCAACUUUCUCACAAAAAUGCGGCGAUUCAACUCUGAUGCACCCAAAGAACUGGUAAGUUUAAAAAAGCGUCUCAUACAAGAGGAGCUUAUUCUCACAACUGGCUACCUUUCCUUCAUGCCAACUAUUUUUUCCGAAAUGCACGACAUCGGUAUGGUGUCCAACAUUCUUUCAUUUUUGGAAGCAACACAUUGGCAGAUGCUACCCCAAUCCAUUGGUCGAUUCGUUGCUGAAGUUGUCAGAAGAUGCCUUGAUUUGGGAUUGAGUCGAUGGGAGUACUAUUGUACUUUGAAUGAGCAUCAAGCUGAACAUCGUCGAAAAAUCUGGUGGAAAUGUUUUUGGUGGGAUAGAUGGUAUUCACUAAUUAGUGGAAAACCGUUCUUAAUUGAUGAAAACUGCGUAUUGUGUCUGUUUCCCAGAUGUAUAGCAGAAUUAGGCGCUCGGAAUUCAAUGUCUCCUAGAGAACUGUUGGAUCUUUUUCAGCCUGAUGAGGAAAACCUGUUCUUCUACAUUAUUUUGUCAAAGAUCAUUACCAAAGUUUUUGGUGGUAUCGCAUACAAUCAAAAAUAUACAGGAAGUUUACAACAUUCUGAAACCCUUUUGCAUGACUUGUUGGAAGACUGCGGGACAAUAAUCACUCUUUUUGAUAUCCUUGGGGAAAAAUUUCAUCUUUUCUCCAAGAAAACGACAGACUAUGAACAUCUUUCUUUGAAAUUUGCUUACAAUUACACACAGGUUGCUUGUAUAUCGACAAUAGAGAAUGUAUUUCGGAGAUUGGAAAAAGGGCCAUAUCUUCCCAUUGUCCAAAGAAAUAGCACUAUUUGUCAACAAAUGUUACUUCAUGUUGUCCAAAUUGAUGCUCCUAAUUUGAUGUACCUCUUUGCUGGUCCUAUUACCAAUUUUCUGGUGAUACUGAAAUUUAAUCUUUCGGAGCAAAAAGCCGAAUUGUACGACCUGACGAUCCUUUGUAGAGUUGCAAAACUCUUCGAGGAGCUUGAUGAGGGAACUGACGAAGCCUAUUUUUAUGUGAAUUCUUUUAAAGUAAUGUCUUUUAGGGCGUAUAUUACAGUGAGGAUCUGUCUCGAUUAUCACAUGUGUGAUUCAAAAGUUUCCAAAUCGGAAUUAAUCGGUGCAAUAUCGACAUUUGAUUUGGAGGCGUCACAAAUGUGCAUAAGACUGUUAGAUAAAAAUUCAGGGUUAUUUGACCCUCUGCUAAAAAAUUCUGACAUGAGCAAUUUCCAUUUCUCUUUACUUGGACACUUUAAAAAAGAGAUAGGCCCAAAUUUUUCUGAGAACAUUCAAAAUAUACUCGAGGAAGAUUCCAGAAUUUUCUUCGAUCAAUUUAACCUUUUCCAAAGCAUCCAAGAAAUGCCCAUGACUGGGUCUGACGAAUUAGACGCCCUUUUAAACUGCGACCUAUCCCUAGACAAUUUAAAAGAUAUAUGA